AUGUCGAACAAGACGACAGACUACCAUCGCGAUGUAUCGCAAUACAAGUACUCGGCCAUGUCCAACCUGGUUCUCCAGGCGGACCGCCGGUUCGUUACAAGGCGAACUGACGAGCCCACUGGAGAUCCAGAAUCUCUGGCCGGGCGCCUGACGGUUAAGGACAUGGGUUCUCGGGUCAUCCGGAGCACCGCUCCAAAGCCGAAGAAGAGCGCCAUGCCAGAUGUCGAACGUGGAAGUAUACGGGAGGGCGCCGAUGUGCUGCAGCAGGUGAAACAGAAAAGCAGGACAGAGACGCGCGGUGGCGGUAUCUUGUCUGGCGCCGAUGCUUUGAUCGAAGGCAUUCGGUACCGGCCUCGGACACAGCCUACCCGCGACGCUUUCAACCUCAUCUUGACCAUCGUUGCAGAGCACCUGGGCGAUGUGCCGCAUGAGGUUGUGCGCAGCGCGGCCGAUGCUGUAUUAGAAUACCUCAAAGAUGACGACCUGAAGGACUUUGACAAGAAGAAGGAGAUCGAUGAUAUCCUCGGCGUGUCGAUGAGCCCAAAGCAGUUCAAUGAGCUUGUCAAUCUCGGGAAGAAGAUCACCGACUAUGACGCCCAGGAUGAGGACGAAGAAGGAGAUGAGAUCCAGCGCGCCGGGGAGGAUGAGAUUGACGGGCGCCAAGGCAUUGCCGUCGAUUUUGGGAAUGAGGAUGACGAUGGCAUGGUUGACGUCGUCCGCGACGAAUCCUCUGAAGAUGAAGAGGAAAUGGAUGGGGAGGACGAGGCCGAAAUUCAGGAGAUGGCCCAAGAUCAAGGAAACGGUGAGGAGGCUGGCCUGGCGGAUGAUGAGGCCAUGGUUAUCGACUCGGCCCCAGACGGCAAAUCCAAGUCUCAGGACAAGAACUAUGUCCAUGCCCGUGAAAUCGAUGCCUAUUGGUUGCAGCGUCAGAUUGGACGAGUCUAUCCAGAUGCUCACAUUCAGCAUGACAAGACGACGUCAGCUCUGAAGAUUCUUUCUGGGGAGCCAGACGAGCCCGGCGGUGACGAGAAGCAGCUUCGAGACAUUGAGAACGACCUGAUGGAACUCUUUGAUUAUGAGCAUCACGAGCUAGUUCAAAAGCUCAUUGAGAACCGUGACAAAGUUGUUUGGCUUACUCGUCUGGCCAGAGCCGAAAGUCGUGAAGAACGCGACACGAUUGAGAGGGAAAUGGCGUCUGAGGGACUCCGCUGGAUUCUUGAUGAGCUCUACGGGAAACCUAAGGACGAUCAGAAGAAGCCCAAACUGGAAAUCAAAAUGGAUAUUGACAAAGAUGCCUUUGCGGCCAAAGAACAGGCCCUGAAGCAAGAACGCCCUGAAGGACUUGUUGGAGGGCUUCAGCCAAAGAAGCUGGUCAACCUGGAGAAUCUGGUCUUUGAUCAAGGCAAUCACUUGAUGACAAAUCCUAGGGUACGCAUGCCAGAAGGUACCACGAAGAGGGUCUUCAAGGGCUACGAGGAGAUUCAUGUCCCUCCCCCAAAGAAGCGGAGCGACCCAACCGACCAGAAUAUUCCCGUCACGGAGCUCCCGGAAUGGGCUCGAAUUCCCUUCAACACGACAAAGACCCUGAACAAGAUCCAAUCCAAGUGCUUCCCGACCGCCUUUCUGGACGAUGGAAAUAUGCUUGUCUGCGCUCCCACUGGUAGUGGCAAGACGAACGUUGCCAUGCUCACCAUGCUCCGAGAAAUUGGCAAGAAUCGCAACGAAAAGGGGGAGAUCGAUUUGGAUGCUUUCAAGAUUGUUUAUAUCGCCCCUCUGAAGGCUCUGGUCCAGGAGCAGGUUGGCAACUUUGGGAAGCGCUUGGAGCCCUAUGGUAUCAAGGUCUCGGAACUAACAGGUGACCGUCAACUCACCAAGCAGCAGAUCUCAGAGACCCAGGUCAUCGUCACCACUCCGGAAAAGUGGGAUGUCAUCACGAGAAAGGCGACUGAUAUCUCCUACACAAACCUGGUCAGGCUGAUCAUCAUUGACGAGAUUCAUUUGCUGCAUGAUGACCGUGGCCCUGUUCUGGAGAGCAUCGUGAGCAGGACAAUCCGUCGCACUGAGCAGACUGGUGAGCCGGUCCGUAUCAUUGGCCUUUCCGCCACGCUUCCCAACUAUCGCGAUGUGGCCAGCUUCCUUCGGGUAGAUUUUGAAAAGGGCCUGUUCUAUUUCGAUGGCUCAUACCGUCCCUGCCCAUUGCGCCAGGAAUUCAUCGGCGUCACGGACAAGAAGGCUAUCAAGCAGCUCAAAACAAUGAACGACAUCACGUAUCAAAAGGUCCUUGAGCAUGUCGGUCAGAACCGCAACCAGAUGCUUAUCUUCGUCCAUUCCAGAAAAGAGACGGCCAAAACUGCCAAGUAUAUCCGUGAUAAAGCCUUGGAGAUGGACACUAUCAACCAAAUUUUAAAGCACGAUGCUGGCACCCGUGAGGUCUUGCAAGAGGCUGCCAGCUCGGUCAACAAUACGGAUCUUAAGGACCUCUUGCCUUACGGCUUUGGUAUCCACCAUGCAGGUAUGAGUCGAGCUGACAGGACCGAUGUCGAGGACCUCUUUGCUAGUGGUCACAUUCAGGUCCUUGUGUGCACGGCAACCCUCGCCUGGGGUGUCAACCUUCCUGCCCACACGGUCAUUAUCAAGGGCACUCAGGUAUAUUCUCCUGAAAAGGGUAGCUGGGUUGAGCUGAGCCCGCAAGAUGUGCUCCAGAUGCUCGGUCGCGCGGGGCGCCCGCAAUACGAUACCUACGGCGAGGGUAUCAUCAUCACUACCCAAGGAGAGAUCCCCUACUACUUGUCUUUGCUCAACCAACAGCUCCCGAUCGAAAGCCAGCUUGUCAGCAAACUGGUCGACAGCCUGAACGCCGAGAUUGUCCUGGGCAAUGUCCGAAAUCGUGACGAGGGUGUUGAGUGGCUGGGAUAUACCUAUCUCUUUGUCCGCAUGCUUCGGUCGCCUGGCUUGUACAGCGUCGGCGCUGAGUACGAGGAUGAUGUUGCGCUCGAGCAGAAGCGGGUAGACCUCAUUCAUUCUGCUGCGAUGGUGCUGAAGAAGUCAAACUUGAUCAAGUAUGAUGAAAAGACAGGCAAGAUGCAAGCUACCGAGCUGGGCCGGAUCGCCUCUCACUACUACAUUUCACACGAGUCUAUGGACACCUAUAACAAGCUGAUUCAUCCCGCAAUGAACGAUGUUGAGCUCUUCCGCGUCUUUGCCCAGAGUGGAGAGUUCAAGUAUAUCCCGGUUCGUCAGGAAGAGAAGCUUGAGCUUGCGAAACUCCUCGCUCGCGUCCCUAUCCCGGUCAAGGAGAGCAUUGAGGAGCCGACUGCGAAAAUCAACGUUCUUUUGCAAGCAUAUAUCUCUCGACUCAAGCUUGAAGGCCUCGCACUCAUGGCCGAUAUGGUCUAUGUCACUCAAUCUGCCGGCCGUAUUCUCCGAGCCAUCUUCGAGAUCUGCCUGAAAAAGGGCUGGGCGUCUGUCGCGAAGCUGGCUCUGAACAUGUGCAAGAUGGCCGAGAAGCGCAUGUGGCCAACCAUGUCGCCUCUCAGACAGUAUCCUACUUGCCCGGCGGAGAUCAUCAAGAAGGCCGAGAGGAUGGAUGUGCCUUGGAGCAGCUAUUUCGAUCUGGACCCGCCGCGCAUGGGCGAGCUGCUUGGCAUGCCGAAGGCCGGCAAGACUGUGUGCGCCUUGGUGUCCAAGUUUCCGCGCGUCGAGAUCCAGGGCAAUGUGCAGCCGAUGACACGGUCAAUGUUGCGCAUCGAGCUCACGAUCACGCCCAACUUCCAGUGGGACGUUGAGCUCCAUGGGGUUACCGAAAGCUUUUGGAUCCUUGUCGAAGAUUGCGAUGGCGAAGAAAUUCUCUUCCAUGAUGUCUUCAUCUUGCGCAAGGAUCUCGCCGAAGCGGAGGAAAAUGAGCACACUGUCGAGUUCACGGUGCCUAUUUCCGAACCAAUGCCGCCAAACUACUUUAUUUCCGUCAUCUCAGAUCGCUGGAUGCACUCUGAGACCCGGAUGCCGGUGUCCUUCCAGAAGCUUAUCCUCCCCGAGCGAUUCCCGCCACACACAGAGUUGCUUGAUCUGCAGCCUCUUCCUGUAUCUGCCCUGAAAGCGAAGGAUUAUGCUGCACUCUAUCCCAAUUGGCAGCAAUUCAACAAGAUACAGACGCAGACCUUCAACUCUCUGUAUAAUACUGACAAUAACGUCCUUGUGGCCGCGCCUACUGGAAGCGGCAAGACAGUUUGCGCCGAGUUUGCUCUACUGCGUCACUGGGCCAAAAAAGAUGCUGGUCGCGCCGUUUAUAUUGCACCCUUCCAGGAGCUGGUUGAUCUCCGCUUCCAAGACUGGCAGAAGCGCCUAUCCCAUCUGCGGGGUGGAAAAGAGAUUGUGAAGUUGACUGGAGAAACGACCACCGACCUCAAACUCCUGGAGCAGGGAGACCUUAUCCUCGCCACUCCCCUUCAGUGGGACGUCUUGUCCAGGCAAUGGAAAAGGAGGAAGAAUGUCCAGACCGUGGAGUUGUUCAUCGCUGACGACCUACACAUGCUCGGCGGGCAAAUGGGAUACAUCUACGAAAUCGUCGUCUCCCGGAUGCACUUCAUCCGGACACAGACUGAGCUUCCCAUGAGAAUCGUCGGGCUCAGCGUAUCUCUUGCCAACGCUCGCGAUAUCGGAGAGUGGAUUGACGCGAAGAAGCAUGACAUCUACAAUUUCAGCCCACAUGUGCGCCCAGUUCCUCUGGAGCUUCACAUUCAAUCAUAUACAAUCCCUCACUUCCCUUCGCUCAUGCUUGCCAUGGCCAAGCCUACCUACCUCGCCAUCACUCAGCUGUCCCCAGACCAGCCGGCUAUUGUCUUCGUUCCGAGUCGGAAGCAAACAAGGGCCACUGCUCGGGAUCUCCUCACGGCUUGCCUGGCUGAUGACGACGAAGACCGCUUCUUGCAUGUUGAGGUUGACCAAAUCAGAAAGCUUCUGGAUCACGUGCAGGAAGAGGCCCUUGCUGAAGCUCUUUCCCACGGUGUUGGCUACUACCACGAAGCGCUGAGCCAGAGCGACAAGCGCAUCGUUAAGCAUCUCUACAACAACGGAGCGAUUCAAGUCUUGAUUGCUUCUCGUGAUGUAUGCUGGGAGCUUGACUUCACAGCGCACCUCGUUGUUGUCAUGGGCACGCAGUUCUUCGAGGGGAAAGAGCACCGUUACAUCGACUAUCCCUUGAGCGAGGUCCUUCAGAUGUUCGGCAAGGCCCUGCAGCCGUCCAAGGACGGUCGCAGCCGUGGUGUUCUCAUGCUUCCGGCUGUGAAGCGGGAGUACUACAAGAAGUUCCUCAACGAGGCCCUGCCAGUCGAGUCGCAUCUCCACAAUUUCCUCCCUGACGCUUUUGUCACGGAAAUCAGUACCAAAAUGAUCGAGUCUGGCGAGGACGCAAUCAACUGGGCGACAUUUACCUACUUCUAUCGACGCCUCCUGGCCAAUCCUAGCUACUACGGCCUGCAGGAUCCGACACACGACGGGCUGAGCCAGUACUUGUCUGACUUGGUCGAGACAACGCUUAAGCAGCUUUCGGAUGCAAGGAUCAUCGAGAUGGAUGAGGACGAGGGCACCGUGGCGCCACUCAACGCAGCCAUGAUUGCAGCGUACUACAAUAUCUCGUAUAUGACGAUGGAGAUGUUCCUUCUGUCGCUGUCCCACAAGUCCAAGCUUAGAACUAUCCUCGAGAUCGUCACUGCGGCGACUGAGUUUGAAUCAAUCCAAACCAGGCGACAUGAAGAAGGCAUUCUCAAGCGUAUCUAUGACCACGUGCCCGUCAAGAUGAACAACCCCGUCUGGGAUUCAGCUCACUUCAAGGCAUUCGUCCUGGUUCAAGCGCAUUUCUCGCGGAUGAACCUGCCAAUCGAUCUCGCCAAGGACCAGGAAGUCAUCCUGCAAAAGAUUCUGAGCCUUCUGAGCGCAAUCGUCGACAUCCUGUCCUCCGAGGGACAUCUAAAUGCCUUGAACGCCAUGGAAAUGUCCCAGAUGGUCGUGCAGGCCAUGUGGGAUCGUGACAGCCCGCUGAAGCAGAUCCCAAACUUCACUCCCGAGGUUGUCAAGGUGGCCAACAAGUACGGCAUCAACGACAUCUUCGACUUCAUGGAGCAGAUGAACCCAGAGGAGAACCCCAACUACGCCUCGCUUGUCAAAGAUCUUGGCCUCACCCAAGCUCAGUUGGCGCAGGCUGCGAACUUCACCAACAACAAAUACCCGGACAUCACUCUGGAGUUCGAGGUCGACGACCCAGACAACAUCCGGGCAGGAGAGCCGGCAUACCUCAAGAUACAUAUCGAGCGCGAGCUAGAGGAGGACGAGGAGUUCGAUCCCACUGUGCAUGCGCCCUUCUACCCAGGCAAGAAGUCGGAGAACUGGUGGCUGGUUGUGGGCGAGGAAAGCACCAAGACACUGCUCGCCAUCAAGCGGGUGACUGUCGGCAAGGAGCUCAACGUAAAGCUCGAGUUUGUCGUACCUUCUCCGGGCAAGCACGAUCUCAAGCUGUUUUUGAUGAGCGACAGCUAUGUUGGUGUUGACCAGGAUCCUUCUUUCUCAGUCAAUGUUGCGGAGGGUAUGGAUGUUGAUGAGGACGAGGAGGAGGAGGACGAUUGA